AUGGUUGUGGUUCAAAUUCCUAAAGAGAAUAGAGAUUUUUCGGAGUGCAUUGAGCAGCUGCUGUGGGUGAACCCAACGAAAUUAGUAACAGAAUUCUCAGAAGCAUGUCGAUCGGAUGCCAUAGUUGACCCCUGUAACGGGGAUUCAAUUUUCCGAGGGGAAAGAAGUAACAUAAGCAGUAAUUGCAUUGUCUGGUGCAUGUGCGAGAGGCAGCUACCAGAAAAGUUCAAUAAAAUAAUAGUUGUCCUGAGCAAGAACAAAGAUGAAAAUGACAUCCAACAAUCGCAACAAAAUCGUUUGCAGCUGGACAGAAGGUUGCAUGAGAGGCCAGAACAAAAUUUGAACCAGCAACAAAAACGACAACCGCGUUUUCAGCAACAACGCCAUCAUCAACAUCUCAUGAAACAAGAUAAAUGUCAACCAAAUUAUCAGCGACAAAAGCAACAUCAUUACGAGAAACAAAUUCAACAAAACCAGCAACAUAAGACACAAAAUCUACUGAAACACCAGAAACGGCAACAACAUCAGGCGCAACAACAACAUAAGAAACAAGGCCGACUUCAACCACAUCGGAACCAACAACCCAACACUCCAGAAAAGGGAGACGAAUAA